AUGCCUCACUCCUUGUCUCCGCUGUGCGUCCUGGGACUCCUCGCCCUCUCCUCCGCCUGUUACAUCCAGAACUGCCCCCGAGGAGGGAAGCGAGCGCUGCCGGAGACUGGACUCAGACAGUGCAUGGCUUGUGGCCCUAGAGAACGGGGCCGCUGCUUUGGCCCCAGUAUCUGCUGCGGGGAGGGCCUCGGCUGCCUGCUGGGCUCCCCAGAGACAGCUCACUGUGUGGAGGAGAACUACCUGCUCACCCCCUGCCAGGCGGGAGGGAGACCCUGUGGAGCCGAGGGAGGACGCUGUGCUGUUUCAGGACUCUGCUGUAACUCAGAGAGCUGUGCGGUGGACUCGGACUGCCUGGAGGAGGCUGAGGCCGCAGAUGCAGCCGACAGCUCUGCGGGGAGAUCGCCUGCAGACCUGCUGCUGCGCCUGCUGCACAUGGCCACCAGAGGACAGACGGAGUAAUGAUACUGUCGCCUGUGGAGCCUCCGCGGCUUCUCGGGGCCUGGAGAUGCAGAAUUCCCACAUAACCCUUGAGAUUUUAACCCUGAACCAAUAAAAUGCAGAGUCGAGCU